AAAGUUUAUAGAGUAGACAUCUUGUGGUCUCGUGCUAAAUAUGUCGUAGUAUGUAGUAAUAAUUUUCUCAAAAAAAAGUUAAUAGAGUAGUAAUGUUCCGUUGUAAUUUUAUCCGUAAUUAAGGGUGUUAGGAUAGAAUUAUGUAUCGUAUUGUAGUUCGAGUAGGAAUAGGUAAUAUUAGAAUUUUUAUAAAUUAGUAUCUUUAAUAAUUUAAUUACCUACAUGUUUCCUUAAAAUAUAUUCCUACGCUAUUUCAGAAAUUUCAGGUUAUUUUAAAUAACAAACAUUAACAGAAUCCAAACCUUGGUAGCCAUUAAGCCAAGGCAUUCAGUAAUAUCAUAUAGUUCGAGUAGGAUUAGUUAUUACUUCGCAUGUUUAUAUAUUGAAGAAUUAUCAACGAGAAGGAUUGAACUGAAAAUCGAUUGAGAUCAAUCUAUUAAACAUAUAACAAUAACAAUUAACAUCGUAUUUAUGUUUUACAAAUUAAUGGCGUGGGUUCGAGAUCAAAUCGACGGUGUAAAAUCAAUUAAGAUGAGACAACUCAUGAUAGAAGUUGUCGGUAUUGCCAUGGUGGUGAUGAUGUUAUGGAAGGCGUUGAUAUGGUACACUGAUUGUGAAUUUCCGAUGAAUGUUGUCCUUUCAGGAAGCAUGGAACCUGGUUUCAAGAGAGGAGACAUAUUAUUGUCAAACAACAGAAAAGAUAAUCCUAUUCGUGUUGGGGAAAUAGUUUUGUAUAAGAUUGGUAAUCAUAAAAUUCCAAUUGUACAUCGAGUUAUUGAGGUUCAUAAUAAACGAAUAGAAGAUACCGGUGGUCGAGGAUAUGAAGGAGUUGUUAAAAUACUUACUAAAGGUGACAACAAUCAAGUAGAUGAUCGAGGUUUGUAUGGCGGUCAACAUUGGCUUCAACGACACCAUAUCAUUGGUAGAGUUCAACUAUUAGUACCAUAUAUUGGAUGGUUUCCUAUCAUCUUCUUUGAAUACCCAAUGAUGAGGUGUCUAUUCUUGGUUGUUUUCAUAGUUUUGUAUUUAAAAAGUUUUAUCAAUGAGAAUGGCAAGGUUUGAUCGAACAAGAUUUACUUAACAUAUUCCCUAAUGAAUGAAUCGAUGAUGCAUGUCUUGGCCGUCCUAGUGGUUAAGAUUAGGAAUUUGUGUCUACUCUUAGUAGCUUUUGGGGUUCGGUAUUUGAAAGAAUUGUCGAUGAGAAUAGCAAGGAUUGAGUAGCAUUCACUUAACAUAUUCGGUGUACAUUCAAAUUCACUAGCUCGUAACAUCACAUAGUUUUUUUUUUUGUUU